GGUUCUUUAAAUGUCCACUUGUGUUUUGUGAUUGUGUGUUUGUUAUUAAGGAAGAAAGUUAAAUUAGAAUCGACAUGAAUUUCCUAGCAAGAAAUAUAGUAAACGCAGCUAGAUCAUGUCUCGCAAAUUCUAUAGAAGGCAGCAAACCACAGUUAACUCGGUUAUGUGCAAAUCCUGGAACGCUAGGAAAUAUACUCAGCACUACUAACUCAUAUUUUACAAACCUGAUACAAGGAUUCGCGCAAGUGAGGUUGGGAUCAACGUUAUACAGGCUGCACAAAUAUGGAGACUAUAGAAAACAGAGGAAGAAGAAGAAGAAUCCUUUGGAUGGUAAGCCAUUUGCGAAAGGCGUGGUUCUCAAAACGUUGAUCAGGAAGCCCAAGAAACCAAAUUCUGCGAAUCGAAAAUGCGUUCUCGUCCGUCUAUCAACCGGCAAGGAAAUGGUUGCCUUCAUUCCUGGAGUGGGACAUAAUCUUCAGGAGCACAAUAUGGUGCUGUGCCGUCCGGGAAAAUUAAAAGAUACUCCAGGUGUGAAGAUCAGAUGUGUUCGCGGGAAGUAUGACUUGGGCCACCCGAUAAAAACGACAUAAUUGUACAAUCCGUUGUAUCUUAUGUAGACAUUUGUCUCUUGUAUGACGUCAGCUCUA